AUGAGUGACAAUACUGCUUUGGUUCCUCCAACUUCAAACCAGGGUCCCACCACCCCACGCAAAGGCCCACCAAAGUUCAAGCAGAGACAAACCCGUCAAUUCAAAAGCAAACCUUCUAAAAAAGGUGUGAAAGGGUUUGGUGAUGACAUUCCAGGCAUGGAGGGACUAGGAACAGACAUUACGGUGAUUUGUCCCUGGGAAGCUUUCAGUCACCUGGAAUUGCAUGAACUAGCUCAGUUACUUUGA